AUGCACUUGUUGAAGAUAUUUGUGUCCUUCAGUGUGGUGUGGUGGUUUUUGAUUUGCUCGGCUCUGCUUUGUUCUGCUUCUGAGAAAUCUUCAAAAUGUCGGGAUGACAGAAAAACUCAGAUCCAUCAGAAGAUCCAGAGCACGAGACGGACCUGUGAUCCUUCAUCCAGCAGUAACACAGCAGGUGUCACUCAGAGGUGCAGCUCUGGUUUCUACAGAGAUACAGACGGACCACACAGAGGUCAGUGUGUGCCGUGCAGCUGCAACGGACUCUCUGAUGAGUGUGACAAGCGAACAGGGAACUGUGUGAGCUGUCAGUCAAACACCUCUGGAGAUCACUGUGACCGCUGUAAAGAGGGUUACUAUGGAAGUGCAGCCAACAGGACCUGCAGAGCCUGCCCGUGUCCCUUUACCUGGAACAACUUUGCGUCGGCCUGUCUGGACAUCGGCUCAGGUGUGGUCGAGUGUUUGUGUAAACGUGGUUACAGUGGAGCCAGGUGUGAGAGAUGUUCCUUUGGUUAUUAUGGAAACCCAGCAGAGCCUGGAGGCCGCUGCAGACCCUGCAACUGCAAAGACGGCGCCUUGAAUGUUUGUGAUUCCCUGACUGGAGAGUGCAUCUCCUCUGGUGACAGCGGCUGUGGGGAUCACUGCCACGAGUGUGAUGAUUGCAUGGUAACCGUACUGCUGGAUUUGGACAACAUGGAUGAUAUCUUGACUCAGCAGAACCAGCAGAACAUCUCUGACAGUCCUGGUUUACUCUCCAGACUGAAACACCUGCAGGUCAACGUCUCUGAGACUAAGACUUUGGUUAAGACGUUUGUUGCGGCUGUGAAACGUUUGGAGCCAGAGGUAGAACAUUUGGAGACAGGCGAGGAUGCUGAUGAGGAAGAUCUCAGUCAGCUGAUUGAAGAGACACGUGGAGGUGAAUCAGAUGUGAAGAGGUUGAUGAAGAAUGUGAGAGGAACAAAGUUAAAGGGGGAGGAUCUUCUGUUAGAAGCUGAAGCUCUUCUCACAGCGACACAAGAUUUGAUCAACCAGCAGCUGACUGAGGUGAAACCUGGAGACGGAGUUGUGAUGAUGAAGGAGGCUCAGCUGAAGGUGCAGGAAGUGAGAGAGAGAAGCUGCAGAGCUCAGAGAGAGAGAGCAGACAGAGAGCAGGAGAACGCACACACACUGACUGAUGUGAUCAUGAGUGACAUAGCGCUCCGUGUGGAUGAGUUAAAUCAGGCAGCAGACUCCUCUCUGAGGGAGAUCACAGAGCUGCUGUCAGAAGCUGAGGGUGCAGUGAGCAGGAUGGGAAGCCUCAACAUGAAAAGCAUUGCUGCUCUUCAACGUCUGGAGCAUCUCAGAUCUCAGCUGCAGAGGGAAAAAAACACUGUCCAACCUGUGACAGAUGUGAGCAAAGAUCUCCUGAAAAACAUCACCGGUCUUUUCUUCACGCUCGAGGAAAUCAAAAAAGAAUUUGAGACUCAUGCAGCUCAGACAGACGGAGCCAAACUGGAGCUCCUUCAGAAGCUAAAUAACAUCCACACUUUGGGGAAGGUGGAGGCGGUGAUGAAGGCUGAGCAGCAUGCUGAGGAGCUCUGCAGAGAGGCAGCAGAGAUCCAGCAAGCGCUUCUCGAUGCUUCCAGCUUCCUGAAGAAGGCAGAAGAGGCAGCGAAUCAGAGCAGAGCAUCUGCUGACGAAGCCUCAAAGGAUGUGAAGGAGGGAGGCAUAGUCGACAGAGCAGCAGAACUUAAAGCGGAUUCAGAAGACUUGUGGAAGGAUGAUAAGAAGACUCAGAGAGACUAUGACCUUCUGUCAGAUUCAGUGAAAACACAUCAGGACAAACUGAAAAAGCAGAAAGGAAAAGGAGACUCGCUGUGGACGGGAAUCAUGACCGUCAGUGAUAAUCUGGAGAACAUCAGGAGAGAUGACACAGAUGCUCUGAUCAACUCUGCAAAAACAUCUGUGUCUGCGUCUAACUCCUCUGUCAGUGAUGUGACAGAGAGCCUGAGCAGAGUCAGACAGGAAGUGGACCGAAUCACCGUGAACUCUGACGACAUGGUGACUGAAGCAGAGCGGUCCUUGAUGAAGUUAAAGACGGCGCUCCCUGUUCUCAGAGAUCAGAUCAGUCAAGUUGAGUCUCUGAGCAGGACGGCGCCUCCCGGUGGCAACAUGACAGAAACCAUCCAGAGGAUCAGGGUGAUCAUCGAGGAGACGAGGAGCUUUGUGAAAAGGAUUCAGGCUCCAGCAGGUCAACGCUGCAGACCCCCGUCAGCUCAGAGGGCUGAGUAUCAGCUCCUCCACGAACACAGCUGGCUCAGCUACACUCUGCCUCAACAGGACCUAAAUCACAGGCCUCACUUCUCUAUAAACAUCAAGACCAAGUCGACCAAAGGUCUGAUCCUCCAUGCAGCAGGGAAAGGACCCGUCCCUCUGCUGGCUCUGUUCAUCGCUAAUGGGAAGAUCAAGAUGUCUCUCGGGUACGACAGGAUCAUCCACCACAAGCAGAAGAGCAAUGACGGACACUGGCACAGAGUGGAGUUCAGUGUGGAGAGGAGCUCUUUUCACCUGCUGGUUGAUGGGAUCCGUGUGACUGAUGGACGCCUGCCACACGACGAGGGCUUGUCUUUGGACCUGAUGAACCCGGUGUAUCUGGGAAGAGAUCCGACGGGCAGAACCACUAAAGGUCACAGUAUUCCCGUGGACAGCGUGGUCGGCUGUGUACGAGAGUUUAAGAUGAAUGAGGAAGUCGUUGGGGAGCCGGAGGGAAGACAUAAGACUUUGCCCUGCAGUGACGGACUCACAGAGACAGGGAUGUACUUUGGUGGAGGUCACAUCUUCAAAGAUCAUUUCUUCACUCUCAGCUCUGAGUUCAAGUUCUCCUUCGAGCUGCGUCCUCGUCACCUGACAGGUCUCCUCCUCCACGCUCCGGGUCAGAAGUCCAGCUUCAGUGUGUUUCUUAAGGAGAACAAGGUGGGCGUCAGAGUUAAAGAUGGUCGCCAUGAUGUCAGUCUGUCGGUGACUCCUCCUGACAGCCUCUGUGAUGGAAAGUUUCACCUGCUCACAGUGUCUCGACAGCACGGAGUUAUUAAACUAGAGGUGGACUCCUCGUCUGAGCAGAGAGACUUUCCCUACACGCUCACCUCGAAACCAUCACCUGAGACUCUUUACAUCGGAGGAUCGUCACACAAACACAGACUACCCGUGUCGUCUCUGUUCAUCGGCUGCUUGAGAGACGUGACGCUGAACGGACUUCCAGUUUCGUUUGAGAGCGGAUCCACUGUGGUUCAUCCUGUGAGCAUCAACGGCUGUCCGGCAGAGUAAAGAUGAACACAUCAUCAACAACAACAUGAACGUCUGAAACCCAAAGCCCUCAGCUUCAUUACACUGGAUCAUUCUGCAGACAGGACUCUGGACUUAAACUUUCAUUUUAGUAAUGGAAAUAUUCAUGCAAUCACUGGUUUUUAUUUAAAAACUGCCUAUAAAAAAAUACUACUUGCAACCA